AUGGUUCGAGUACUGUUCAAAUGGGAAGAAGAGAAAUUGUCCUGUAUGCAAGCAGACCUGUUCAGAGGCCAAGCAGACCUGUUCGAAGAAUUGAAUAUAUCUGCUGAUUUGUUGAAGGGUUUAUAUGCGGAGAUGAAGUUUGAGAGGCGGAGCAAGAUCCAGACGAUCAGUUUGCCUAUGAUUCUGACCCCUACUUACAAGCACUUGAUCGCUCAGGCACACAAUGGUUCUGGCAAGACUACUUGUUUCGUGCUUAGCAUGUUGAGCCAUGUUGAUCCCAAACUCAUUGCUCCUCAGAACGUGGAAGUUCUUAAGAAGAUGGGGAAUUAUACAAGAAUUACUUCUGAAUGUGCUAUACCAAUGGAUAGCAGCAAUUAUGUUCCAAUUUCAAAACAAGCACCAGUGACAACACAAUUAGUGAUUGGCACUCCUGGUACAAUCAAUAAAUGGGCGACAGCAAAGAAAUUGAGCACGAACUAUUUGAAGAUUCUUGUUUUUGAUGAAGCUGACCACAUGUUGGCAGAGCUACUAGCAGUCAAGAAACUCGAUACUACAGCUUGUAGGAAGCAGAGCAAUGACGAUUUCCUUGAGCUAGUGUUUAGUGUCUCUAAGCUUAAACACGCUAAUGUAGUUGAGCUUGUGGGUUACUGUGCUGAGCAUGGGCAGCAGCUACUUGUCUUUCUUGGGGGAGACUUUGGAGUAGGUUUUCUAUCUCCUACAUUGAGUGCAUAA